AUGCGGUCAAGCUUGGAUUUGUUUUGUCAAAUGUAUUCCUAUAAGAAUUAUAUUUCAGUGAGCAUAUUGAUGAAUCAACUUUUUGUUAUUGUGUUACAGAAAACUUCUGUUACAGGAAAUUCUGAAGCUUUGAAGAAUUCAGCUCAGCGAAUAAGUCUUUUGGUAGAGAAACAAUCAAUAGAGGCUGUAACGAGACAUAGGUUGCGUCUCAAGACAACAAUUGACUGUUUAAGAUGGCUUGCGCGUCAACAAUGUGCUUUCAGAGGUCACGAUGAGUCAAAAGGUUCAAGGAAUCGUGGGAAUUUUAUUGAAUUGAUCAAGUAUUCAGCAUCACUUAAUAAAGAUGUGAAUGCAGUCGUCUUGGAGAAUGCCACUGGAAAUGCCACUUAUACUUCACCCAAGAUUCAGAAAGAGAUCUUAAAUAUUAUAUCUAACAGAGUUAGAAGCAAGAUUCGCGAGGAAAUUGGAAAUGCCAAAUAUUGUAUCCUUGUUGAUGAGUCGCGGGAUGCUUCCAAGAAAGAGCAAAUGGUGAUUGUUUUAAGGUAUGUGGAUAUUGAUGGUUAUGUUCAAAAAAGGUUUUUUGAUAUUCAACAUGUUGAAAAUACUUGUGUUUUAACUCUGAAAAAUGUAAUAACAAAAAUUCUUAAUUAUUAUGAUCUUCAAGUUGAAAACAUGCGAGGGCAGGGGUAUGAUGGCGCAAGUAAUAUGCGUGGUCAGUGGAAUGGCUUACAAGCCUUGUUUCGUGAGGAAUGUAAAUAUGCAUAUUAUGUUCAUUGUUUUUCACAUCGCCUUCAGCUAGCACUUGUGAAAACAGCUGAAACUUUGGGUCCAGUUUGGAAAUUUUAUUCUAUGUUAUCAUCAAUUGUCAAUCUUGUUACAUCUUCUUCACAUCGAUUUGGUGAUUUUCAGUCUGCUCAAGAAGAUGAGAUUGCCAAAAGGUUAUCUAGUGGUGAACUUGAGACAGGGAAAGGGGCAAACCAAAUAGGUACUUUGCCACGUGCUACUGAUACCCGUUGGAGUUCCCAUUAUGGUUCCGUAUGCAGUUUGAUAGAUAAGUUCGAAGCAACCUGCACAACUAUCGACCAUAUUGGCGCAAGUGAUCCGAAAGUGACUCCUAAAGUUGGUGAAGCACAAAGUAUUUCUGAAGAAAUGAGGUCAUUCAGGUUUGUCUUUGUCUUGCAUUUGAUGUUUAAAAUUAUGGGUAUUACUGAAAUAUUAUGCCAAGGUCUUCAAAAGAAAACACAAGACAUAGUAAAUGCAAUGGCUCUAGUCUCAAACACAAAAGUCUUACUUAGAGAAUUAAAAGAAGAGAGAUGGGAAAAUUUUAUUACAACUGUUACUGAAUUUUGUGUUGCAUAUGGUGUUGAAACACCUAAUAUGGACGCUCGCUAUAUGAUGGGUACAGGCCGUUCUUGUCAGCAACAUGAUAAUAUCACAGUAGAUCACCAUUAUCGUGUUGAUAUAUUUACUGCUACAAUUGAUUUUCAGUUGUCAGAGUUAGAUCAUAGGUUUCCAGAGGACACAAUGGAACUACUCAUUCUUAGCUCAUGUUUGGAUCCUCGGGAUUCUUUUAAGUCAUUCGAUGUUGACAGUCUUUGUAAUCUUGCUGAGAAGUUUUAUCCUCUAGAUUUCAGUCCGCAAGAGGUACACAUUUUGAGAAAUGAGUUACAACAUUAUGGUCAUGAUGUAGUUAACAAUUUGCAAUUUCAGAACUUAUCAACUAUUUCCGAGUUAUGUCGGCAACUAGUAGUAACCAAGAAGGCAGAAGCUUACCCUAUGAUUGACAAAUUGAUUCGUAUUGUGCUUACUCUCCCUGUUUCCACGGCAUCUGCAGAAAGAUUUUUCUCAAUAAUGAAAUUGGUCAAAUCAGCUACUCGUAACAAAAUGCAACAAGAUUUUCUUAGGGAUUGCAUGAUGCUCUACAUUGAACAAGACAUUGCAGGAGCUAUCCAUACUGAUUCAAUCAUAGAUGAGUUUGACGAUUUAUACAAUCGUAGGGUACAACUUAAGUGCUAG